CACUUUGGCUGAUAUAUGCGCUCAGUUCUGCUAACGUUUGUCUCUUCACAAGACUGUCACAACUUCCCUCACGUACUUAAGCUUCCUCUGUAGAUACAAGAUGUCGUUUGAAAUGCAUAACAUUAAUUUGAAGAGCGGAGAAACUCUGAAGAUUAAAGGAAAGAUUACCGAUGAUGCAGACAGAUUUGCUGUGAACUUGGGGAGCAGUGAAGGUCAUCUUGGGCUUCACUUCAACCCUCGUUUCCACGAUGAUGUUGAUGGUGCUGUAAUUGUCUGCAACUCGAAGUGCGAUGACUGCUGGGGCAGUGAGCAGAGGGAUAUGGAGUUCCCCUUCACCAAAGGGUCUGAAAUCAAGCUAUAUGUCACUUUCAAGGGAGACAGCUUUGAAAUAAAGCUCCCGAAUGAUCAUGUGUUGGAGUUCCCCAACAGAUUAUCCUUGGAUAAAAUCGACUACAUGUCUGUGUGGGGAGGCUUCAAAAUGGCUUCCUUCAAGUUCAUUUAAAAUGUCUGCAACACCAUACCAGCUCCCACACACAAAAAAAGGAGCAACCAAUGAGUGCUGGAAAUUAGGAAAUGUAGUAAAUAUUGGAAACAUGCAGUUCUGUCAAGUGUCUGGAUGCAAAAGAUUUGAUUUCAUGAGAGCCUCCACCAAACUUAGUGGAUGAUGACAUGGUUCAACACUGAGCUUUCCUCUCCCAGAGUUAUAGAUUCAAAUCCAGUCUAGAUUUCUUGGAUGAAGAUCUUCCCUUGCCACUGGUCUCAAAGGCGCUGCGUAAAAUUAGUCCGGGCAAUCUUAGUUCUAUUCAUACGGACCCAUUAGUGACAAUUCCCCCUCUUAGGAAAGGCUUAAAGAUGGUCCAUGUAUGGAAUGGAUUAGCAGAGCAGGUUUUAAGGGCCGAAAGGUUCAUGAGAACAAAGAACUAGGACCAGAGUGGGCAAUUCAGCCCCUCGAGCCUGCUCCAUCAUUUAAUACAAUCAUGGUUGAUCUCAGCUUGGCCUCAACCCCACUUUCCUGCCCUCUCUCCAGAACACAUUAUUAAUUAAAAAUCUAUUUAGCUCCUAUUCCUAUUUUCUAGAUUACUUAGCCUCUGGCUUUUGUACAUUUGAAUUGGGAGUAACACCCAUCGCACAAUGUAGAAAAAUAUUCCUAUUACUCAGCACAAGGACCACAGAACAUAAAUAUUCAGGGAGAGAAGACCUCAUCCAACCUCUUUGAAUCUGUUCCAAUCUAAGUGAUUGACUCGCAUCAUCAAUUUGGCUUUUUCCUUCUGAGCAACCUAUAUUUUUCUUAUUGAUAGAAAUGCAACUACUGUAAGCCAUCCAUAAAUAAAACCUCUUCUUGUGAGACUAA